AUGCCAAGCAGCAAAGGCAUUCCCACCGAUCCAGAACUCCGCCAGCACCUCAAGGAAGAUAUCCAGCAAGAACCCAACAAAUCCGGGGAUGGCAAGGGGCAGUGGUCAGCCUGGAAGGGGAUGAAGCUGGCGAAGGAGUACGAGGCGCACGGCGGCGGCUACGAGAACGAGCCUGGCUCCAAGAACGAGCCGAAGACGGGCAAGCCUGUGGCCAAGAGCGAGAGCAAGAAGCAUGACGAGUUGGAGGGCUAA